AUGGAUCCAUUCGAAGCGGAUCCCCUUUCGUCCUCCGAGACGGACUCUGUCUCGCGAGAGGGACGAGCACAGCAAUUAGCUGCAGAGCAUGAGCCGACCUUCGAUGGAGCAGCAACCCCUCGCAGUCAAGCAGGCGCAUCGUUGCCCGGCGAUGCGGUGCGCAUAGCCAUCAGCGAUCAUCCGGCUAGCAGUACGCUCGAUGUCAUCGAUGCGAGCUCUUCAGAAGCGACACCAAGCUCAUCCGUGCGGCUCAACCGCUUUCCAAACGCAGGACCCACCAGACCGAGCUCGUCGACUUCAAGAAGAUCUAAUCGCGAGGCUCGGUCCCACAUUCCCGCCUCGCCGUCGUCGAGCGACAGCGACGAGGCCGCAGCAGAUGCAGCUUUGCUGUCGGACCCUGAAGCGCCCCCUUCAGUCGCAUCCAGAUCCAGAUCGGAUGGAGCGCCGCGUAGGAGGUCGAGGAGGGACAAGACGUUCUUGGAGAGGAUCAGGGAGCAAGCAGCUAAGAUUACUGCUGCGGACGUGAGAGCGAGCAGGAUGAGCGGUGCAAUGCGUCGUGAUGGCAGGCCAGCCGGUGCUCUGCAAGGAAUGAGUCGAAAAGAGAGGGCGCUGUGGGCUUGGGCGAACGUGGACGAUUUGGAUGCUUUCUUGUGCGAGGUGCGCCCAGAAACCCUCGUCGCUUGGACGCACACAGCGGCUUCUGACACGCUUGCACUCGUCGCACUCGUCCCUUUUGCAGGUGUACGACUACUAUACUGGAAAGGGCAUCUACGCCAUUGCUCUUUCGAGAAUACUCAACUUGCUGUGCGACUCCGACUUGUUCAUUCGAUCAUCGUUACUUGCGCUUACUCGGCUGACUGUCACUCUCGCACCUUUUGCACCAACAAUGCAGCACUGUCGCAUUCGUGCUUGGCUUCAGCAUAUUCUUGACGCGCUGCGUCGACUACCAUAGCAUCAAGCACGACGGCAAACUCAGCGAAGUCGUUGUGCCAUCAUGCGUCGCACAGUGAGCGCAUACACGGUGCCUUGUCAUGCUCCACACGAUGUGGGCUGACGCGAGAGACGCCUCUUCUUCUCUUUGCGACAGCUCAUCCGGAGCGACCUUGCUACUUCUUAUCCUCUCUGGGAUGCUGUACGCUUGGCAGCUCGUGCAGUUUGGGAGCAGCCUGAGCAGGUUACGAGCGCUGAGCGCGUUUUAUGAAGAGCUUCUAGGAGUGCCAGAGGUGCGCAUGGUCCCCCGGCAUGCUGUUGUAGUUUUCCAUCCCGUGGCUGACCGCAAGCUUUGGCUUUCACAGGCGGAUCUAGCAUCCAUUCCAUGGUCAUCGGUCGUCACGAGGCUGAGAGAGCUCCGCAAUUCGCACCCGACGGCGAUCGCAUCUUCAGCCUCCAACACAACUGCUCAACGGGGAGCUCUGGACGCGCAUUCGGUGGCCAAUCGGAUCUUGCGCAGAUCCAACUACCUGAUCGCCCUCUUCAAUAAGGACUUGCUAAAUCUUCGAGUUCCCUUGCCUUUCUUUCGGAAGCAGGCUCCUAGCUUGACCCGCGCGAUGGAGUGGAACUUGAGCUUUUGUCUUCUUGGAUUUGUCUUUGACCGCAAGGGACAGGUUCGGAAGCAGUUCUUGGAUGAGCGCUUUCGACCUCAACUCAUUGAGGGGUGAGCGCCUGCGACUCGAUGCAAGUGGCGUGUCCUUGUGCGUCUUUCCUGACCUCUUUGAUCGAACGUCCAGCUUGAAGCGUCGUUUCAUCUUCAUGGCAAUUUUGAAUGCCAUCUUCGCACCAUUCAUCGUGCUAGCCUUGCUCGUCUACUCUUUCUUCCGCUACUUUGAAGUGAGUGGAGACGCACCUGCCAUCGCUGUGAGCCUUUCAGUGAGCUCACUUGCCAUCUGUCUUUGCAGGAGUAUCAUCAAGACCCGACACAAAUUGGUGGUCGUCAAUAUACCCGGCUGGCUCGCUGGAAAUUCAGAGAAUUCAACGAAUUGCCGCAUCUUUUCACGAGACGAUGUCAUGCGAGCUAUCCCUUUGCAAGCAGAUACGUGAAUCAAUUUCCGAAGGAGCUGACAGCACAGUUGGCAAGGCACGUAUACUGCACGGUCGAUCGAGUCGGCGAGGAAAGGCUACUGAAGCUCAAUCGCGUCUCGCACGUCCUUCUUCAGGUUCGUAUCCUUCGUUGCGGGCAGUUUCAUGGCUGUGCUUGUAGUGGCCUCGAUCAUCGACCCAGAUCUUUUCGUCCAUUUCGACGUCACUCCUGGCCGAACUACACUCUUCUACAUUGGUGUCUUUGGAGCAAUCCUGGCAAUUUCGAGAGGCAUGAUCCCGGACGAUCGACUCGUGUUCGAGCCCGAGGUACUCAUGCAAUUCAUCGUGCAGCACACUCACUACUGUCCACAAAAUUGGGAAAGCCGCUUCCAUUCCUCUGAGGUGAGUGCUCGCCAGAUUCGCCUCUUCCUUUUGAGAAGGUUAUGCAUUUUCUCAGCCUCCAUUUCAUAGGUACACGCCGAGUUUGGUCAGCUUUACAAGCUCAAGAUAUAUAUAUUUGUGGAGGAACUACUUUCAGUGCUUGUCACUCCAUUUGUGCUUUGGAAGAGUCUACCAAGCAGUGCAUCCGCAAUUAUCGACUUCUUCCGCCAGGUGCGUGUGAGCGCGUCUACACCUCGCCGAAAGCAUCGACUGACCUCGCCGGCCUGCUAUUGCAGUUUACACUUCAUGUAGACGGCAUUGGCUACGUUUGCUCGUUUGCUGUAUUCGCGAAGAAUGACAAGACGCGAUUUGGAGAAGUGCCCAACGCUCGCAAGGCGCGCUCCAAGCUCAGCACGCAAGCUAGUAGGUGUCACAUGUCGGUCUGGCUGUGCAUAGACUUGCAGGCACGCAUCGCUGAACAAUAAUUGCUUCCCAUUCACUCGCGGCAGAGAUGGAACAGAGUCUGUUGGGUUUUGCAGCGGCCAAUCCAGAUUGGGCCCCGCCUGCGGACACGUCUGCUUCGCUCUUCUUGAGCCAGGCGAUCGCUGCACAAGCCAAUGCUCAGUCCCCUCGGAUGGACACGGCUAACGAGAGCGCUUCUGCAGAUCUCCUAGCUUUCACGCCGGCCAACUCUACGAUGCAUUUGGCCAUGCGAAGUCAACUUUACGACAAUGCUUAUAGCAAGGCUUUGCAGGCUAGCACUUCGCGCAGCAGCCGAAAGGCUCAGACUGGCUCAACCACGCAGGCCUCCGGGACGAGAUUGCCAGAGACGAGGGUCAACGUGGCUGGGACGAGGUCUGCCAGUCGGAGUAGGGGAAUUGCGGGGCUUCAACCGCUUCAGGUGGUGGAUGAAAACCCUUGCAAUGAGGCUGCUGGUCAGCAAGAGCGUGCAAGCACCCUCCAGCGGCCGGGUCCCAGAGAGACUGAUGAGUCGUUUACGGACACUAGGUCCAUACCGGCCGAUGAUGACGAUGGAGUGGACCCGCUUUCUGCAUCCUCCCGCAUUGAUUUUGGAACCUCAGGUGACACAGGACUGAGAGGUCUGCUUCAGCAUGCCUAUGGAACAAGGUGGUAG